GAACUAAGCAACAACGCGCUUCUCUCCAGUCUUCAUAAUCAUAAUCUCCCCAGGCCGCGCGUCGUUCAGGUACGGCUCCUCCUCCUCUCGCCUCGGCAGCCUCCGCGGAAACAACACUCUGUAAAAUAGAGAGUGAUGAACGGUCAAUCUAGCCAGCAGCAACCUAAGGACGGUCGCCACGACGACGACGCUGCACUUACCGAAUUCCUUGCGUCUUUAAUGGACUACACUCCCACCAUACCGGAUGAAUUGGUGGAGCAUUACUUGGCGAAAAGUGGAUUCCAGUGUCCUGAUGUCCGAUUGACAAGGCUGGUAGCAGUUGCUACUCAGAAAUUUAUUGCAGACGUCGCAACUGAUGCUCUUCAACAAUGCAAGGCAAGGCAGUCGGCUGUGAUCAAGGACAAAAGAGAUAAACAACAAAAGGAUAAGCGUCUGAUCUUGACAAUGGAGGAUCUUUCAAAGGCUCUACGGGAGUACGGUGUGAAUGUCAAACAUCAAGAAUACUUCGCUGACAGCCCAUCUGCUGGUUUAGAUGCUGCCUCAAGAGAAGAGUGAGUACAGACCAAGCAACGAAUACCAAUCGGACUGAUAUCCACCUGCAUAGGAAGUCCUUAAGUUGGUCUUGUCGUCUCUAUCCAUAUUAUUUCAGUCCAAGUAGAAUUACUGGCAGUUUCAGAUGUUUUGUGAUGGGAUUCUGGUGAAUUUACAAAGAUACAGUUGAUUAUGUUUAUUACAUAUUCCCGAAGUCUACAGCAAUGCAAUUGAACAUGCUUAUUACAUGUUUCUCUGUGUAGUUGAUACUUGUUAUUUUGUUAUCUAUUUUAUAACACAUUACCGCA